AUGUUCAGCGGAACGGUGCGCGUGAAGGUGUGCGAGGCGACGGGCCUCCGGCCGACCGACUUUCAGAAACGGCACAACAUGACCUUCGGGAAACCUGACGAUCAGCCGAUAGACCCGUACGUCUCGAUCGACGCCGACGAGCACCAUCUGGACCGUUCAAGUACAAAACCCAAAACCUUUGACCCCGUUUGGAACGAGACCUUCAUACACGAAGUUCACAAUGUAACUAGUUUGGGUAUCACAGUUUUUCAUGAUGCUGCCAUACCUCCGGAUGAUUUUGUCGCAAAUUGCACCAUACCCUUUGAAGAUCUGAUGCAUAGGGAUAAAGAGGCCACAGAUUUUUGGGUCGACCUAGAACCACAAGGGAAGUUGCAUCUUAAAAUAGAUCUGAAAUGGAAUUCUCAAGCUGGCGGUGGGUCCGAGGGGCGAGCGAAUCGCGGCCGCGAGUUCAAAGAGGGCGCUGGCUUCGCCCGCCGAAGGGGCGCACUCCGGCGCCGAGUCCACCAGGUCAACGGGCACAAGUUCAUGGCGACAUUCCUCCGCCAGCCCACGUUCUGCAGCCACUGUCGCGAGUUCAUAUGGGGCCUCGGGAAGCAAGGUUACCAGUGUCAAGUGUGUACUUGUGUGGUGCAUAAGCGAUGCCACUCAUCCGUCGUCACCAAAUGUCCCGGUAUGAAAGAAGAGCAACACAGCGGCGUGGCGGUGUCCAGUGGGCAGCGGUUCAACGUGAACGUGCCUCACCGCUUUGUGGUGCAUUCUUACAAGCGGUUCACGUUCUGCGACCACUGCGGCUCGCUCCUCUACGGGCUCAUCAAGCAGGGCCUGCAAUGCGAAGUUUGCUCGAUGAACGUUCACAAGCGCUGCCAGAAGAACGUCGCGAACAAUUGCGGCAUCAACACGAAGAUGAUGGCGGAGAUUUUGAACGAGAUGGGCAUCUCGCCCGACAAGAAUCCGCGGCCCAGGCCCUCCAAGUAUUUAAACACAGCGCUGUUGGAGGGUCCACCAGAACUUGCGUCCUCUGGGGAGUCUGACAGCAAAGAUCCCAGCGAUAAACAAGAUGAAAAAGGUUACCAGCACGGCGGCGCCUUGUGGGGCUCGCAUUGGGCUGACCUCCAGGAUAUAUUUGGCGGUUACCAAGGUGAUGGUGAGAGUUCCGAGGGCUGCAUGCAGGGGAAGGUGUCCCUGGAGGACUUCCACUUCAUAAAGGUGCUGGGCAAGGGUUCCUUCGGAAAGGUCAUGCUCGCCGAGAAGAAGGGGACGGACGAAGUGUACGCGGUGAAGGUGCUGAAGAAGGACGCGAUAAUACAGGACGACGACGUGGAGUGCACGCUCACCGAGCGGCGCGUGCUAGCUCUCGCCGCGCGCCACCCGUUCCUCACGGCGCUGCACUGCGCGUUCCAGACUCGCGAGCGGCUCUUCUUCGUCAUGGAGUACGUGGACGGCGGCGACCUCAUGUUCCAGAUACAGCGCGCGCGAAAGUUCGACGAGCCGAGGGCCAGAUUCUACGCGGCCGAGGUGACGCUGGCGUUGCAGUUCCUACACUCGCACGGCGUGAUCUACCGUGACCUCAAGCUGGAUAACAUUCUGCUCGACAGCGAGGGUCACUGCAAGCUGGCCGACUUCGGCAUGUGCAAGGAGGGAAUUUUAGAUGGCGCAACAACCACCACUUUCUGUGGUACUCCGGAUUAUAUCGCUCCAGAAAUCCUGCAGGAGCUGGAGUACGGGCCGUCGGUGGACUGGUGGGCGCUGGGCGUGCUGCUGUACGAGAUGCUCGCCGGGCAGCCGCCCUUCGAGGCGGACAACGAGGACGACCUCUUCGAGAGCAUCCUGCACGACGACGUUCUCUACCCGGUGUGGCUCUCCAAGGACGCCGUCUCCAUACUCAAGGGCUUCAUGACGAAGAGCCCGUCGCGGCGGCUGGGCGUGGCGGGCGGCGCGGCCGGCAUCCGCGCGCACGCCUUCUUCCGCGACAUGGAUUGGGACGCGCUGGCGCAGCGCCGCCUGCGCCCGCCCUUCCGCCCCAAAGUCAAGAGCAAGCGCGAGGCGGCCAACUUCGACGCGGAGUUCACGAAGGAGGAGCCCGUGCUGACGCCGGUGCCGCCGGACGUGGUGCGCGCGAUCAACCAGGAGGAGUUCAGGGGCUUCUCCUUCGUGAACAAGGACUUCAACCCGACGCCAGGCCAGGACAAGACGCCGGCAAAACCUCCCGCGGGCAAGAACCCUCCGCAGGCAAAAUACCCGCGGGCAAAAACCCCCGCGGGCACAACCCCUGCGGGCACAACCCCUGCGGGCACAACCCCUGCGGGCACAACCCCUGCGGGCACAACCCCUGCGGGCCCCUGCCCACCCAACGCGCGACGCCGACCGCUCUCUAGUCAACGUGGGGGCAGACCUCCCUUCGAGUAUUUUAUUGUAUUCUCUUUUCGAAUCACUCGGGGGAGCCCCUCUGCGCGGGCCCGGGCGUCGCGAACGGCCGGUGGGAAACGGGAGAGCGGAGAAGAGAAGAGAGUGAGCACUUCUACUCGUUCGCCGUUUAGUCAUAAGCCACGCGGUGCGGUCGUGAAUCACGAAGCGGUACAAAUGGCCCGACCGCCUAUCGAAUUGCCGAUUCGCACGCGGCCCUACACG